UUUGCUCUGUUCGUCUCGCCGGCAGCCACAGCUUGUUUCUACGACCAUUUUGCGCCACUGCCUUCUCGACGCCGACAGGCGGGCCACGCAUCACUGCCCGAAUGCCUCCUCCCCUCCUCCUCCGCUGCCCCUCGCCGCCGCCCACCUCCGUUGCCGUCUCCCACCGUCGGCGGUGGAGGCGGGGGAGGUGUCCCGAACCGGUGCGGGCCUCCUGGCAGGAGCUGGCGGGAGUGCUGGUGUUCUCCGCCGUCCCCUUCACCGCCGUCAAGGCCCUCGCCGGUAGCCCCCUUGGCGCCCUCCUCCGCCGCCGCCUCGAGGACAGGAAGGCCUCAGCCGCCGCCGAGGCCGACGCCCUCCGUGCUGCCGCCCGCCAAGCCCGCAGCUCCAGCUUUUGGUUCGGGGAAGCUCGGCCUCGGUGGCUCGGUCCCAUCCCCUACGACUACCCGGAGCAUCUGGCCGGAGAGUUCCCGGGCGAUUAUGGGUUCGAUAUAGCAGGUCUGGGCAGGGAUCCCGUUGCUUUCGCAAACUACUUUAACUUUGAGAUCUUACAUUGUCGGUGGGCCAUGCUUGCUGCUCUUGGUGUUGUUAUUCCUGAGCUCUUAGAUCUAUUUGGGAUAGUGCAUUUUGUUGAGCCUGUCUGGUGGAAAGUUGGUUAUGCAAAACUUCAGGGUGAUACCCUUGAUUACCUUGGUAUUACUGGUUUACGAAUCGCUGGUGGUCAAGGUGUCAUUGUUAUCGCUAUCUGUCAAGCCCUUUUGAUGGUUGGGCCAGAAUAUGCGAGAUACUGUGGGAUUGAGGCACUAGAACCCUUAGGAAUAUAUCUUCCUGGGGACAUAAACUACCCAGGUGGAGCACUAUUCGAUCCCUUGGGGCUGUCCAAAGAUCCUGUUGGGUUUGAAGAACUCAAGGUGAAGGAGAUCAAGAACGGUCGCCUGGCAAUGGUUGCAUGGCUCGGAUUCUACCUCCAGGCGGCUGUAACCGGCAAGGGCCCUGUGCAGAACCUUGUCGAACACUUGUCAGAUCCACUCCACAACAACAUUUUAUCCUCUUUCCAUUGAGGCAUCUUAACUGUAAGAUUGCUUGUGUACAGCGUCAGCAUUGAUAACUCUGUAAUUACUAUAGUUAGCAAGUGGUUACGGUUACGGUAUUCAGUAUGUAAUUCUGUAGACAGUACAUAUAAUAUCCUUACUAUUGCACUAGGUCACUGGUUGACCUCACAAAAUGUUCUAAAACAUUCCAAAAAUUUUUACAGCAUUUAUUCAGUC